CACCUUCCGCAGGUCCUCCGGGCUCUCAAGUCCUGACCCGCAGCGGGUUCACGUCGGCCACCAUCAAAUGAGAACGUGACCCGCGCUCCUGGCCCUCGCGGCAGCCUGGCCCUCACACCCCACAGCCGCUUUCCGAAGCCCAGGCUCUUUUCUGGAUGAGCCUGUCUCGUGGGCAGCAGGGGUUGGUGGGCUUCAAGCUUCCCAACGGCAGCGGGGUCCAAGCCAGUGGUGCAUCGGGAGCUGCCGCUCCUCCUUCUCCCCUUCCUCCGCCUCCUCCUCCUCCUGCCCGCGCUGUUUCAUGGUCAGGCUACAGCGACUUCCUGGCCUUGCGCUCAGCUUCUCGCCAACUGUUAGGAGCGAGCUGCUGGUUUCAGAGCAGGGGGACUUCGGGGAGAAUUACCUUCCACAAAUCAUCCUGCUUGGGUGCCUCUGGUGGUCUUUAGAAGAGAGGUGAGCACGCAGGAGAGUGUCCGCUGAUGGAAAAUGACACAUCUGGAUGGGAAGGAGGCCGUGGUGAGGCACCUACGGGCAAAGCUCCAAGGGAACAGGAAAGACCCUCCUGAAGUGGGUGGCUGGUUGGACGGUCGCUCCGCAGCAUCCCCUGCAACAGAGCCGAGACAGAUCCCCGUGCCGGGCUCCAAGGGUGAGCUGCCUCCAGAGCCCCCCCGGACCAGGAGGGUGGACUUCAGCAGGGCUUCUCCAUCUCGCAGGAAAGGUCAGAGCGUGGGACAGCAUUUGCCUCCUCAUCCUGUCAGUGAGACCCCAGGAUGGAUGGUGCAACUGAAGAAGGGGAUUGCUCAAGACGCCAGCUUCCACCCAGCCCCUGCAAAGCCAGGAGGAGGAGACGUGUUGAAAAAGGAGGUGGAAGCCACCUCUAAUCCUUCCCAGGGAAACCCAGCCCAGCACACACGGUCACUCACCAAAGAGAAGAGUGCUCCAGCAGUUUCUGCCACAGGCGCAGCGUUUGCAGCCUCCCUGGACACUGCGGGAGGUGCCCAUGGGACAAGGCACCCAUCUCUGCCUCGGAGGAAGCCUUUGCCACACAUCAGGGUGCUGGGAGCAAGGCCAGCCAAGCCCAGGCGCCCUCCUGUCGUGGAUCUGGAGAAGUUUGGUGCAGCUGCACAUCCUGGGACACCCAACCAUCCUGCCACAGAGCCACCAAGGAGGGCUCAGCUGGGUUGCCCGAAACCAGGCUACGUUACUUCAACCCCGGCACGCUUCCCGCCGCAGGAUGCUCCGAGUGUAACGGGGGCUGAAGAUGAGAUAUACGAUGACGUAGAGCCCGUUGGGCUGCUCAGGAGAGGCCAAGGCUUCCUGCUGCCUGCCGCGGCUCAGCCACCAGCGCGUCGCCGCCCCGGCGGAGGUGGAGAUGCUGGUCAAGACUCAAAGAGGGUUGCCUUGCUGGCAGCUGCACAGAGGAGAGAAGCCCAGGUCUCCUGCAAGAUGAAGCCAAUGACACUCAGAGAAUGCAAGAAGGAAGAGAAGGCAGACAGGGAGUUUCAGAAGAAAUUCAAGUUCGAAGGAAGCAUCAAUGUCCUGACCCAGAUGAUGGUUGACCCCGCAGCAACGGAGAAGAGGGGUGGAGGGAAGAACCUGCCUCUGAGACGAGGAGAAAUUCUUGAUGUCAUUCAGUUUACAAAUCAGGAGCAAAUCCUCUGCCGAAACAGUCAGAGGAGGUAUGGCUAUGUGCCCCGGGCUGUGAUGCUACACCUGGACACUGACAUCUACGACGAUGUUGAGAUUUACGGUUGAGCAAUCCAUGCUGAAGCCAAAGGCUCAAGACAGCACCAAUGGGCACUUCCCCAAGGGCCAAACCAUGAAAAGCACUGUAUGCCACACUCCUGCUUUGGGAGGAGCUCUGCCUCCUCUGAGAUCCCAGUUUACGACAGCUCCAUGUCCCUGCCAAAACAGUGGCCGGGCUCAUGCUGCGGGGCUGCAAAGAUCCUGUCCCACAGGGGCAGGGGGUUCAAAGACAUCCUCGAGUCAAACCUUCCCUGUGGCUUUGUUUUGUCUGUGUAAAAUCUGGUAACGGUU